ACACGACUGCUGGCACGCUUCGAGAGCGUCCGCUAAGAACGCGCACUUUUCGAGCGGGUCCUAAAAGACACGGAUCUUCGGGUUACCACACUUCAAUUCUGUAUCUGUCACGCCAACUGAAUAGUAUAAGAACGCGCUGGACACGCCCUAAAGCUGCUAGUGCUCACACUGGGCUCCGAACUUUUCUGCGAUGGGGCUUUAAUGUCCUUCUGUUUCUCCUUAUCCUACUUUCGUAAAGUCCAGACCCUAAUUGUUCUCACUCUACAGGCUGUAAGGGAUGGCGAAACCAGAGGUAGACGCGGAGGAUUUCGUGGAGUUAACGGAUGAGCGUCUGUCGGUAGAUAGGUACGUCGAUUUGGUCAGGGAUCCGGGAGCUGGAGCGAUCUCGACGUUUCUCGGAACUACGCGCGACUCGUUUGAAAACAAGGUUGUGACUCGCCUCGAGUACGAAGCUUAUAACGAGAUGGCGAUCAGUGUCUUGAAACAAAUAAUCCAAUCAGCACGUGCCAAGUGGCAACUGAAGAAGGUGGCAGUGGCCCAUCGCUUGGGAGUAGUCCCUGUAUCCGAGGCCAGUGUAAUCAUUGCUGUGUCCAGCGCCCACAGAAUAGAAUCCCUCGCUGCAGUCACAUUUCUGAUAGACGAGCUAAAAGCGAAGGUGCCUAUAUGGAAGAAAGAGGUGUACGCUGGGCGGAAAGGCGAACAAGCUGACAAUCAGCGUGAUGGUGGUGCUGGUUGUGAUGGUGGAGCUCUUGGGGUUGGGGGGGGUGACUGUAGUGGGGGUGACAAAAGUGGGGAGGAAGAGGCUGUGUGGAAACAGAAUGUGGAGUUUGUCGUGGCGCAUCCUGGAAGUAAAGGAGCUCCUCCACAUUCCUGAUGUGCAGUUCCAGAUGCAAUACCGAAAUUCAUGUUGUAAUGAUAGCCUUGUCGUGUUCUUGAUGCAUACAUGUGAGAGAAAGUACUA